AUGGAUGAAACUCCUGGAAAACCUGCCACAUAUAGGUUACGGUUCGUCACGAGUUUCAACUCACACAACUGCAAAGUAUUUGAUGGAACUGUGCCAAAGGCAAUUGGCCCUCAAGAAAGCAUCAUCAAAUCCUACCACGGAAUAUCAGAAUACUUUCAACAGAAAGUGGCUUACACAGCAAGAAGUCCAGGGACAAGGCAGCCCCUGUUUGUCCACAUAGACCUUAGUGACACCAUCUGUUUGUCCUGCCACCCUCAGGAGAUAGCUUUCCUCAUGGUCACAAGUCUGAGGCGGCGGCGGCGGGAGCGCGCGGCGCGGGAGGCCGCCCCACUGCGGAACGCGGCGGGGAAGGGAGGGCGGGCUGGAGCUGGCGCCCCGGGUCGGAAGCGCGCGGGUCGCGCAGGGGCGGCCGCGGACAUGUGCAAGAUGUCCUUCAAGGUGAGCGUCGCGAGCUCCGGGAAGGAGUGCCGGGCCGGGCGGCAGACCUGCGGCGGCGAGCCCGCACCUGGGGACCUCCCGGGGUCGCCGUCGCCGCCGCCGCGGCCCACAGGGUGGAGGUCUGGGAGCCUGGCGGCCGGGCGAAGGGGCGGCGGGGACUGUCGCCCGGGUAACGGGCGGGGGCGGGGCGGGGAAGAGUCUUGCAGUCAGCACUUCCCUGCGGCCGCGCCUCGGGACAGACCGGGGCUGCGGCAAGGAUUCCCGGUUCUGCGUCCUCAUUUCGGAAUGCCAGUGGCACCACUGUCGCCUCCUCUCCGGAGCACCUUUUGGACGCUGAAGCUGAGAGCUCAUCAGCACGGAAAGGAAACUCCACUUGCCAACGCCGCAUUCUGGGCAGCAAGGAGAGGAAACCUGGCUCUGCUCAGGCUGUUGUUGAACAGCGGUCGGGUGGAUGUGGACUGCAGGGACAGUCAUGGCACCACGCUCCUCAUGGUGGCCUCCUAUGCAGGCCACAUAGACUGUGUGAGGGAACUGGUUCUGCAAGGAGCAGACAUCAAUCUCCAGAGAGAGUCAGGUACAACUGCCCUGUUCUUUGCUGCCCAGCAAGGACAUAAUGAUGUCGUGAGAUUUCUCUUUGAAUUUGGAGCAUCUACUGAAUGUAGGACCAAAGAUGGGGGCACUGCCCUGUUGGCCGCCAGUCAGUAUGGGCACAUGCAGGUGGUUGAGACCCUGCUGAAGCACGGAGCCAAUAUCCACGACCAACUUUAUGAUGGAGCCACUGCACUCUUCCUAGCUGCCCAGGGUGGUUACUUGGAUGUUAUUCGAUUACUGUUGUCUUCAGGAGCAAAAGUCAACCAGCCAAGGCAGGACGGGACGGCGCCGCUGUGGAUCGCAUCGCAGAUGGGCCAUAGCGAGGUGGUGAGGGUGAUGCUGCUGCGCGGAGCCGACCGGGACGCCGCCCGCAACGAUGGUACCACAGCAUUGCUAAAAGCAGCCAACAAAGGGUAUAACGAUGUUAUAAAGGAGUUGCUAAAAUUCUCACCCACCCUUGGCAUUCUGAAGAAUGGGACAUCGGCCCUCCACGCGGCGGUGCUCAGUGGGAAUAUUAAAACAGUUGCACUGCUCCUGGAAGCUGGAGCAGACCCAGCCCUGAGAAACAAGGCCAAUGAACUUCCGGCAGAACUAACCAAAAACGAACGUAUCCUGCGUCUCCUCCGAAGUAAAGAAGGACACAGGAAGAGCUAA